GAAGGCAGAAGCCCAGGAAAAAACCAUGGUGAUUCUACGACGCCAAGGUCUACAGUCCUCGUGGUCGUCGUUCAAAUCAAGGGAAGGUUGCUUCAACGAAGAACGAGCCCUCAACCCUCCAAGAUUUGCCAGAGUUUCAGAAAAGAAGAAGAAGAAGAGGAUGGAAAAAGAAAGUGAGAGAAGAGCUAACAGAGUUCAGAGCAACCUCCAGAGGCUGAAGGGAACUCAUCAGCAAAGAACCAAUUCCCUCUCAUAUAAACCCUCAGAUUGCUCUGCAAACCUCACGGGUGCAACUCAAUUUCAAUCGAUCCUCCCCAAUCAGGUAACGAGCAGUGAGUUGAGUAGAAGCUAGUGCUAUGGAGUCUAGAGUAGUUCUUAUGGGUCAUGCUCUGAUAUAUGUAACAUCGGGAGGGAAUGUUUUAAUUAAUUUGAUAUUGGUGGUUGAAUGAUUUACAUGUAUUGUGUUACAUGUUUUACAUUGAUGUUGGAUUUAUUCCGCUGCGAAUUAUGCAAAAGAACCUUAUUUUGAUUAAAUAAAUGAGCAUGACAGGACAUUUUGAUA